AGCCGUGGAGAGGCCGGAGUAGCGCCUGGGCUUACACCAAAGGUUGGACGCCGGCUCUGGAAACCGAGUUUGGGAAAGAAGAAGUGUGUGUCUUUCCCAAAGACAGAUGCCUGGCUGGGAAGGGUGACUCGCCCCUCAACCCUGAAGCUCGGUGCCUGCAGCUUGGAGUCGCGGGAUCACCAUGCCGAGCGGUGUGCCCAGGGAGGAACCGAUCGCCUACACAACCUGGGCCUCCCUGUGCUUUGGACAUGACUGAACUUUUCCAAUGGGCCAGAUACCACUGGCAGUGGCUGAUGGGUGGUCGAGCCAGGGAGGACGAUGAGAGACCAUACAACUACUCCUCGCUGCUUGCCUGUGGGGCCAAGGCCUCCCAGACCCCCAAACUGGCAGGAAAACACCGGGUUGUCAUUCCUCACCUCCAGCGCUUCAAGGAAGAGUAUGAAAGAUUCUCUGGAACCUACAUGAAUAACCGGAUACGAACAACAAAAUACACGCUUCUGAAUUUCGUGCCCAGGAAUUUAUUUGAACAGUUCCACAGGGCUGCCAAUUUAUAUUUCCUGUUCCUAGUUGUCCUGAACUGGGUACCCUUAGUAGAAGCCUUCCAAAAGGAAAUUACUAUGCUGCCUUUGGUGGUGGUCCUCACGAUUAUUGCAAUUAAAGAUGGCUUAGAAGAUUACCGAAAAUACAAAAUUGACAAGCAAAUCAACAACUUAGUAACUAAAGUUUACAACAGGAAGGAGAAAAAGUACAUGGACUGUUGCUGGAAAAAUGUCACUGUUGGGGACUUCAUUCGCCUCUCCUGUAAUGAAAUCAUCCCUGCAGAUAUGGUGUUACUCUUUUCCAGUGAUCCUGAUGGAAUCUGUCACAUCGAAACUUCCAGCCUUGAUGGAGAAAGCAAUUUAAAACAGAGGCAGGUGGUACGGGGGUAUGCAGAGCAGGACUCUGAAGUUGAUCCCGAGAAAUUUUCCAGUAGGAUAGAGUGUGAAAGUCCAAACAAUGACCUCAACAGAUUCCGAGGCUUCCUAGAGCAUCCCAGCAAAGAACGUGUGGGCCUCGGCAAAGAAAACUUAUUGCUGAGAGGGUGCACCAUUAGAAACACAGAAGCAGUGGUGGGCAUUGUGGUUUAUGCAGGCCAUGAAACCAAAGCAAUGCUGAACAAUAGUGGACCAAGGUAUAAGCGCAGUAAAUUAGAAAGAAGAACAAAUAUAGAUGUUCUGUGGUGUGUCCUGCUUCUGCUUAUAAUGUGUUUAACUGGUGCCCUGGGUCAUGGAAUCUGGUUGAGCAGAUAUGAAAACAUAUUUUUUAACAUUCCUGAGCCUGAUGGACAUGUCAUAUCACCAGUGUUGGCAGGAUUUUAUAUGUUUUGGACCAUGAUCAUUUUAUUACAGGUCUUGAUUCCUAUUUCUCUUUAUGUUUCAAUUGAAAUUGUGAAGCUUGGACAAAUAUAUUUCAUUCAAAGUGAUGUGGAUUUUUAUAAUGAGAAAAUGGAUUCUACUAUUCAGUGCCGUGCCUUGAACAUCACUGAGGAUCUUGGACAAAUUCAGUACCUCUUUUCUGAUAAAACAGGAACCCUCACUGAGAAUAAGAUGGUUUUUCGAAGGUGUAGUGUUGCAGGAUUUGAUUAUUGCCAUGAAGAAAAUGCCAAGAGGCUAGAGUCCUAUCUGGAAGCUGUCUCUGACAAUGAGGAUUGUACAGAUGCUCUGAAUGGCUCCCUCAGCAAUAUGGUGACACCAAGAGCCCACGGCUGCAGGACGGUUCACAAUGGGCCCUUGGGGAGCAAGCCCUCAAAUCAGCUUUCUGGCAGCACUUACGCUGUAGGAAGUGGAGAAGGAGCCAGUGAAGUGCCCCAUUCCAGACAGGCUGCUUUCAGUAGCCCCAUUGAAACCGAUGUGGUCCCAGACACCAGGCUUUUGAACAAAUUUAGUCAGAUUACGCCUCAGCUCUUUACCCAACUAGAUGAGGCCAUCCACAGUCCACCCCUGGAGAUCUUGUACAUCAUGGACUUCUUUAUUGCAUUGGCAAUUUGCAACACUGUAGUAGUUUCUGCUCCUAACCAACCACGACAAAAGAUUGGGCUGUCUGCCCUGAGUGCGAUGCCCAUUAAGUCCUUAGAAGAGAUUAAAAACCUCUUCCAGAGAUUGUCUGUCCGAAGAUCAAGUUCACCCUCUCUGGCCAGUGGGAAAGACCCGCCCUCUGGGGUUCCAUGCGCCUUCGUGAGCAGACUCUCUUUCUUCAGUCGAAUGAAAUUGUCUUCACCGUUGGAGGAAGAGGCUUCUCCAAGCAGUGAGAGCCCCCAGAAAGCUUCUGAUGCAGCUUGCUGUACAGACACGGAGGAACACAGCAGCGAUGUAGCACUGACCAAUGGCCAGGUGGACCCCCUCCCCGGACAGCCCUGGGCCUCCGACCUGUGCUAUGAGGCGGAGAGCCCAGACGAGGCAGCCUUAGUGUAUGCUGCCAGAGCUUACCAAUGCACUUUGCAGUCUCGGACUCCGGAGCGGAUCAUGGUAGACUUCGCUGCUUUGGGACCAUUAACAUUUCAGCUCCUGCACAUCCUGCCCUUUGACUCAGUAAGGAAAAGGAUGUCUGUGGUGGUCCGGCACCCGCUUUCCAACCAGGUUGUGGUGUACACGAAGGGUGCCGAUUCUGUCAUCAUGACGCUGCUCUCUGGAGCUUCUCCAGAUGGAGCCAACGAGGAAAAGCAGCAGGUGGUAAUAAGGGAGAAAACCCAGAAGCACUUGGACGACUAUGCCAAGCGAGGGCUACGCACUUUAUGUAUAGCAAAGAAGGUCAUGAGUGACACCGAGUAUGCGGAGUGGUUGAGGAGCCAUUUUUUAGCUGAAACCAGUAUUGACAACCGGGAAGAAUUACUCAUAGAAUCUGCCAUGAGAUUGGAGAAUCAGCUAACAUUACUGGGAGCUACUGGCAUUGAAGACCGUCUGCAGGAGGGAGUCCCGGAGUCUAUAGAAGCCCUUCACCAAGCUGGCAUUAAGAUCUGGAUGCUGACAGGAGACAAGCAGGAGACAGCUGUCAACAUAGCUCAUGCAUGCAGACUCCUGAAGCCCGAAGACAAGCUCUUUAUCCUCAAUACCCAGAGCAAAGAUGCCUGUGAAAGGCUGAUGAGCACCAUCUUGAAAGAACUUCAGAAGAAAGCUCCAGCUUCUACAGAGCAACCAUCAUUAAAUCAAGCUUUCCCUCGGCCUGCUGUACCUCAGGACUCAGGGCCACGGGCAGGACUUAUUAUCACUGGAAAGACCCUGGAGUUUGCCCUGCAGGAGAGUCUGCGCAGGCCCUUCCUGGAGCUGACUGCCUGGUGCCAUGCUGUGGUGUGCUGCCGCGCCACGCCCCUGCAGAAAAGCGAGGUGGUGAAAUUGGUUCGCAGCCACCUGCAGGUGAUGACCCUGGCCAUCGGUGAUGGUGCCAAUGAUGUUAGCAUGAUACAAGUGGCAGACAUCGGGAUAGGGGUCUCCGGUCAAGAAGGCAUGCAGGCUGUGAUGGCCAGUGACUUCGCCAUUUCUCAGUUCAGACAUCUCAGCAAGCUCCUUCUCGUGCAUGGGCACUGGUGUUACACACGACUUUCCAACAUGAUUCUCUAUUUUUUCUACAAGAAUGUGGCCUAUGUGAACCUCCUUUUCUGGUACCAGUUCUUUUGUGGGUUUUCAGGAACAUCCAUGACUGACUAUUGGGUUCUGAUCUUCUUCAACCUCCUGUUCACAUCUGCUCCUCCAGUCAUCUAUGGUGUUUUGGAGAAAGACAUAUCUGCAGAGACUCUCAUGCAACUGCCUGAGCUGUACCAGAGUGGCCAGAGAUCAGAGGCAUACCUACCCCUCACUUUCUGGAUCACCUUGAUGGAUGCCUUUUAUCAAAGUCUGGUCUGCUUCUUUGUGCCUUACUUUACCUACCAGGGCUCAGACAUCGACAUCUUUACAUUUGGAAAUCCCCUGAACACAGCUGCUCUAUUCAUCAUUCUCCUCCAUCUGGUCAUUGAAAGCAAGAGUUUGACUUGGAUCCACAUGCUGGUCAUCAUUGGAAGCAUCUUAUCAUAUUUUUUCUUUGCCUUGGCUUUUGGAGCUAUGUGUGUAACUUGCAACCCACCAUCCAAUCCCUACUGGAUUAUGCAAGAGCACAUGCUGGAUCCCAUGUUCUACUUAGUUUGUGUUCUUACAACCUUCAUUGCUCUUCUGCCCAGGUUUCUCUAUCGAGUUCUUCAGGGAUCCCUGUUUCCAUCUCCAGUUCUGAGAGCUAAGCUCCUUGACAGAUUGACUCCAGAGGAGAAGACCAAAGCUUUGAAGAAGUGGAGAGGGGCUGCAAAGACACAUCAGGUGACAUCCAAGAAUUCUGACCAAUCAGUGGGCGAGUCAGGAAGAAGACCUGUCUCUGUUCCUUCUGCUGCCUUCCCAAUGAAGCCAGCCACUUCUUGUACUGUUGAGCAAGGAGACAUAUCUCUAUGUGAAACUGCUUUAGACCUUGGCCACUCUGAAACUGAGGCUGGACCCUCAAAGUUUUAACACAGUAGAAUAAGCUUUUUAGAGUUGCAAGCAUUUUUUUUUCCCCCUGGUUAAUUAGAGAUAGUAGUCUCAUGGAUUUGUCUACCCUGGCUGGCUUUGAA